AUGGCGCCAGUCACUAGUUGGUCGUCCUCGACAGCUGCCGGGAUGAUCCUCGCCUUCCUCCUGGUUGGGACGACGCUCGGUCUGGCGGCUGCUCAGGCGCCGUUCACUUACAUCGUCCAGGUAGCUGUGGACUACCCCUUUUACGACAUCCAACCCUCGCCCGGCCCCCCCGGCACUUGUGGCGGCUCCUCGUACGGCGAGAACGCCACCGCCUGCGAGGCACGGUGCAACGCGACGGCCGUCUGUGUUGGUUUCGUCCACAGGUCUCCAGUCAACUGCUGCUUUAUCAAGAGCAGAUUGUUGUUCCCGAGGCUUGGCGCGGACACCACGUCUUAUGUGAAGGCGCCGUUAGGCUAUACGUACACCGUCCAAAACGCAACGGACUACCCCGGAUACGACUUCAGACCCCUGCCGUUGGCGGGUCCCACUUUUUUCCCGCCUCUUUGCGGGGACAUUGGGGUCAGCGAGAGCGCCGCAGCGUGUGAGAUCCGCUGCAACGCGGUGGAUUCGUGCGCUGGUUUCGUCCACUACCCCUUUACCAACUGCUGCUUCUUGAAGUUCGCGCUCCCGCCGGCGAACCAGAAAUCGGAUGUUACCGUCAACUCGUACGUCAAAACGGCCUAUCUAGGGUACUCCGUUGAAUUCGGCCUGGAUUAUUUCGGCUUCCCAAUCACCGUCCCCGGAGCCCCCACGUCGCCCGCCUGUACGUUCCCCCCAGUUGGCCAGGCUGCUUCCGACAUUCCGUCGGCAAUAGCCGAGAAUCUCAACGCGUGCGUGGCGCGCUGCGAUAGCACUCCGGCAUGCCUCGCAAUCGCCCACUACGCCGUCCCGAACUGCUGCAUCUUGUGGAGCACGGUGGCCGCCCCGGAUCCCAAACCCGGGGCUGUUUACCUCUCCAGGAGGGUUGGAGAGCAGUUCCGAUUAGAGGCAAUCAAGACGAGACAGAAGUGA